UGGCAAGUUGUGCCAUCGCGGCCGCAUCGGUGACUAAGAUGGGGAACGAAGUGCAGUACACAUCGGUCAAGCUGUCGGAAGAAGACGCCACAGAUAUGGAUCCUAUGGAUGUGAAGAUGACGCAAGAAGUGCGUCCGGCAAGCGGGUCGUCGCGCGCGCGCACCAUUGUGUGGUGGGUCUUAGUCCUCGCGCCAUACCUGGCACUCGCUGCGCUGGUCUUCACUCCAUUGUCUAAUGGAAAGGGGGAAUUCUGUGCCGCGCAGCGCUUGGAGAAGCUAGACAUGAAGCGCAACGUGUUCUACGACGAAUCUGUGGUGACUGAGCACACUCGUUUUGCCGCGAUCGGGCAAAAAGGCGCUACAAUCUGGAUGACAGGUCUGUCUGGCAGUGGGAAGAGCACGAUUGGUCGCGCGUUGGAAGCCAAGCUGAUCCACGACCGCAUCCAAGUUUAUCGCCUCGACGGGGACAACGUGCGCAUUGGGUUGAACCGCGACCUCGGGUUUUCCGCUGCCGACCGCCAAGAGAGCGUCCGUCGGGUGGGCGAAAUGGCGGCGCUGUUUGCACAAUCUGGCACCAUCACGAUCGUCGGCCUCGUGUCGCCAUAUCGUGCCCAUCGCGACGACGUCCGCGACAUCCACAAGAAGAUGAACAUUCCGUUCUACGAAGUGUUUGUGGACACGCCGCUGAGCGUGGUCAUGGCGCGCGACAUCAAGGGUCUGUACAAGAAGGCCGUAAGUGGCGAGAUCAAGGACUUCACGGGCGUGUCGGCGCCGUACGAAGCGCCGCUGCGCGCCGACUUGACGCUGUUCACGCCCAACUCGACGUUGGACGCCGAAGUGGAUGCCGUCUAUUCGUUCUUGAAGCGCAAGGGGUUGCUCACGGGAGUUGAUGCGUUGCCGAGCGGGUAUCCGGGGAUGGCCGUGGCCGACGGGGGCAACGCCGCCGCCGACUUUGACGCGUUGUACCCGACGGUUGUCGCCAGCCCCCCGACGACGCCCCCCGCUGCCGUUCGCGUUCUCCUUCGCGACGAAGACUUGCAUUGGGUCCAAGUGUUGGGCGAAGGAUGGGCGUCCCCGCUCCGCGGCUUCAUGCGCGAAGGCGCAUACUUGCAAUGCCUGCACUUCUCGUCAGUCGUGUUUGACGCCGACAAUUUGACGGCAGGCUCAUUGAACCCCCACGCGACAACCAACUUUUCCGAGUACUCGACGCAAGACGUCGGCCGCGGCACACGAGUCAACAUGCCGAUCCCGAUCGUACUGCCCGUGAACCAGGCGACCAAGGACGCCAUCUUGCACGUCGACGCCGCCCCCCACGUCGUGCUGGUGUCGCGCACGGGCGACGAAGUGGCGCUUCUGACCAACCCCGAAGUGUUUGACCACCGCAAGGAAGAGCGCAUCACACGCACAUUUGGCGCGUUCGACCUGGGCCAUCCAUACGUCCAGGCGAUCCAAACCUCGGGCGAGUACUUGGUCGGCGGGGAAAUCAAGCUGCUCCGGCGGGUCACGUACAACGACGGCCUCGACAAGUUCCGCCUCACGCCGUCGGAGCUCCGCGCCAAGUUUGAUGCACUGGGUGCCGACGCCGUCUUGGCCUUCCAGACGCGCAACCCCACGCACGCCGGACACGCGUACCUGAUGAACCAGGGCCGGCAGUGGCUGCUGGACCAAGGGUUCAAGAACCCCGUGCUGUGGCUGAGUCCGCUCGGCGGAUGGACCAAAGACGACGACGUACCCCUCGACGUCCGCGUCCAUCAGCACGAAGCCAUCCUCCAAGACGGCGGCAUGCUCGAUCCGGCGUCGACGGUGCUGUCGAUCUGGCCAUCCCCGAUGGUGUACGCCGGUCCCCGCGAAGUGCAGUGGCAUGCCAAGAGCCGCAAGAACGCCGGCGCGUCGUACUUUGUCGUGGGACGCGACCCCGCGGGUAUCAAGCGUUCGGACGUCCCGGACGAGGACAUGUACGCCGGCGACCACGGACGCUACGUGCUCCACUUGGCACCUGGCAUGGAACACAUGAAUUUUCUCAGCUUCCCCAAGGUUUUUUACGAUAAGACGGACCAUAAAAUGAAACCCAUGGCCGACACAAACCAAGCCGACAACUUGUUGUCCAUUUCCGGGUCCAAGAUGCGGUACAUGGCCAAGAAGGGGUACCAGCCGUGCGCGAAUGGCGUCGUGCCAGACACGUGGGAAGCCGACCCGACGUGCGUUCCGCCUGGCUUUAUGGCGCAGGCUGGAUGGGAUCUGAUGAUUCAGUACUACCAACGCCAGGCAGACCCGUCGUAUUUGCAGUAUUCGGUUCCGUUUCGAGAGUUUACGCCGGCGUCGUCAGGGGUGCAAGUGACGCCGGCAGCGGCGUUGAUUGGCACGCCGGGCUUUGAGCUGACGCUGGUCGAUCCGACCACGGGGACGAAGCGGUCGCCGUGGCACGACGUGCCGCUGUACGUGAAUGCGUCCGUGGUGAAUUUCGUGGUUGAGAUCGAAAAGGGCCGCAUGGAGAAGAUGGAAGUGAACAAGUACGCGGCAUUCAACCCAAUCAAGCAAGACGUGACCAAGUCCAACCACUCGCGGUACUACUUGUACGGCGUUCCGUUCUUCACGUACGGCAUGUUGCCGCAGACGUGGGAGGACCCGUCGACCAAGGACGCGAUGGGCCACGGCGGCGACAACGACCCCCUCGACGUGAUUGAAAUCGGCUCCACGAUGCUCCCGAUGGGGUCAGUCCAUCCCGUCAAAGUGCUCGGGAGUCUAGAGCUGAUUGACGACGGAGAGGUGGACCACAAGAUCAUCGCGUUGUCUGUUCACGACCCCCUCGCCCCCCUGAUCCACUCGGUGGACGACUUGCACGCACACAAGCCGCAGAUCGUGGCCCAGUUGGUCGACUGGCUGAAAAACUACAAAGUGCCAGAAGGCAAGCCGGUUAACACGCUCAGCCAAGACACGAUGACAACCGAAGCGGACGCGCUCGCGAUCGUGGCGGCGACUCAUGCGCGAUGGCAGGCGCUCCACACUGGCGACGUACCCAACCCCGGCUUCUGGCUCGGGCCAUGAACUUAGUCGGCCGUGGGUCGAUCCGACACGCACGACACACAUGGAAAUUGUUUGGACCAAGUCCGCACGAUCCAUCAUACAGUCAUAGUGUAGAGCUAGCUAGCUACCAAUAGUAUGGAUGGCGAUGGGAUUGUUUCAAAAGUACAUAGUAGUAAUAUAGUACCUCUUGGCUAGUAUACCUCGUGAUACUAUCUACUAUACGU